AAGACUCUUUGAGCUGAACCGGUCCAGAAGCGUUUCAUCCAUUUAUUAUGAUUGGAGCUACUCUUCCGUUAUCAUAUUGCCUGGAGUCACCUCAAGAUAAUGGAGCUACUCUUCCAUUAUUCUAUUGGCCAACUAUGCUUACUUCAUCCCUUCUCCUUGCUUCUUUGCUUUCUUCUCCUAUUUGUGUUCUUGUUCAUCAGGAAUAAUAAUAGAUCAGUAGGUACUAAGAAGGGAAACAACCCGCCACCUUCCCCAUGGAAGCUCCCAAUUAUAGGAAACCUCCAUCAAUUAGGCUCCUUGCCACACCGUGGACUCCAUUCCUUGGCUCAAAGCCAUGGGCCUCUCAUGCUGCUUCACUUUGGUAGCAAACCAACUCUAGUGGUUUCAUCACCUGAUGCAGCUCGUGAAAUCUUGAAAACCCAUGACCUCAUCUUCUCGAGCAGACCGGAUUCGAGCUUCCCAAGGAGACUAUUGUAUAAUCACAAGGAUAUUGCCUUCGCGCCUUAUGGUGAGUAUUGGAGACAAGUACGCAAAAUUUGUGUUCUUCAGCUUCUAAGUAUGAAGAGUGUUCAAUCAUUCCAGCCAGUUAGGGAAGAAGAGACGAAAGCGAUGAUCAAAAAUAUCCAAAAGUCUUGUUCAUCUUUGCCUUCAUUUUCAGCUUUGGUAGAUUUAAGUGAGGUGCUCUUAUCUCUAACAAAUGACAUAACAUGUAGAGUGGCUUUAGGGAAGAAAUAUGGUGGGGAAGAAGGUUGUGGUAAGAGGUUUAAAAAGAUGAUAGAUGAAUUUGUGUAUUUGCUAGGAGUUUUUAAUGUAGGGGACUUCAUAACAUGGCUUGGUUGGGUGAAUUAUGUAAUUGGGUUGGAGGAGAGAGUGGAGAAAAAUUUUGCGGAGAUAGAUUCUUUUCUUGACCAGGUAAUUGAAGACCACAUCCAUGGAAAGAGAAAAAAGAAUGGUGAUCACAAUGAUGCAGAUGGUGGUGGCCAAGAUUUUGUGGACUUCCUUCUUAGGGUACAACAGGAUGAGACUGCUGAAAUCACCCUUGGGAGAGACCACCUCAAAGGCAUUAUAAUGGACAUGUUUUCUGCUGGAACUGAGACCACAAGUACACUCCUAGAAUGGACAAUGGCAAGGCUAUUAAAGCAUCCAGAAGUCAUGAACGAAGUGCAAAAGGAGAUAAGAAGGGUAGCAUCUGCGACUGGUAGGGCAUAUAUUAUAGAGGAUGAUAUAGAAGAAAUGCACUAUUUGAAAGCAGUGAUCAAGGAGACACUACGCCUUCAUCCUCCAGGCCCUCUAUUGAUUCCACGUGAAUCAACUAAAGAUGCCAAAAUAAAAGGGUAUGACAUUCCAGCCAAGACAACAGUGAUCAUCAAUGCCUGGGCAAUUGGAAGGGAUCCUGCAUCAUGGGAUGAUCCAGAAGAGUUUAAACCAAAGAGGUUCUGUAAUGAUACUAGUUCUAUUGAUUUCAAGGGCCAUGAUUUCCAACUGAUCCCGUUUGGGGCAGGUAGAAGGGGAUGCCCUGGAACCCACUUCGCCAGUGCUGUAGUUGAACUUGCAUUAGCCAAUCUUCUGCACAAAUUUGAUUGGGCAUUGCCUAAUGGAGCAAAUGGAGACGCUUUAGAUGAUACGGAAGCUCCUGGACUUUCAUGCCGCCUGAAAUCUCCUCUUCUUGCUAUUGCAACUACUUACUACUAAUAUUGAGAAUGGAUGUUCAGCCUCUAUGAAAACUAUUCCAAUGACUCAGGUAUUGACCUCAGGCCCACAUCAACAUAUUAGUCACGGGUGACUUCUUACAUCAUGCAUGCAUUAAUGUUAUUGUGGAUUUUAUGCAAUGGAAUUGUCGGUUUUGGAA